AAACACAUUUUCCGGCAAAGCGUUUUGUUUGUUUGCUGAAUAAAAGCUGAUAUUUUUUUUGGAUAUUUGUGAUCGAAAUUGAUUUUUUCCAUCGAAUUUUUCCUUGAAAAUGUCUUCGGAUUCAGUUUGUACGAUUCGAACAAGAAAAUUCAUGACAAAUCGUCUUUUGUUUCGACGUCAGAUGAUUGUCGAUAUAUCACAUCCAAAUAAAGCAACACCGGGUAAACAAGAAUUACGUGAAAAAGUAGCAAAAAUGUAUAAAACAACACCGGAUCUAGUGUUUUGUUUUGGUAUUCGUACCCAAUUUGGUGGUGGUAAAAGUACUGGUUUUGCACUUAUUUAUGAUACAUUGGAUCAUGCAAAAAAAUUCGAACCAAAACAUCGAUUAAUCAGGAAUGGAUUGAAAAAAGUGGAAAAACAAGCCCGAAAACAACGUAAAGAACGUAAAAAUCGUAUGAAAAAAGUACGUGGUACAGCUAAAGCUAAAGUUGGUGCUGGUGCACAGAAAAAG